AUGACGAACAUAUCAAUCAUUGCCGAACAAAUAUAUUCUUUCUCUCAAGAAUACGCAUUCUAUGGCAGUAUGAUUAUCAUGAUCGGUGGACUACUCAGUAACAUCUGUCUUAUGCUUACUCUAACCGGUGUUCGAAUUUUCCGUCAAAAUCAAUGUGCGUUUUACUUAACUAGCGAGUGUUUUGCGAAUAUUGGCAUACUUUCCAUAAUACUCACUUCAAGAAUGUUGACUCGUAUUGGAAAGGUUGACCCUGUGAAUUUAUCGGAGGUUUGGUGUAAAAUACGUUCGUGGCUGAUAAACGUUUUUUGUGUAACAUCGCUUGGAACAGUGUGUUCUGCUGCGUGUGAUCAAUAUCUCUCGACUAACCAUCGAUAUUCACUGCGACAACGAAGCACACUGAUAUUAGCACAUCAGCUAGUCUUCACCGUUGUACUUUUCGCGACUAUUCAUAGCAUUCCUCUACUUGUUUAUUCGUCUAUUGAUCCAACGGCUGGCUGUCAGAUUUCCAAUCGAAUCCUCAUUCGUUAUUACACCGUUUUCUAUUAUCCGUUCGUGACAACUAGUUUUCCAAUUAUCGUCGUCAGCUCGUCGAGUUUCUUAGCGUAUCGGAACGUUCGUCGUCUCGUUCGUCGACAUAUCCCAGUCAUUCGUCGUCGAUUGGACCGACAGUUAACAGCGAUGGUUUUAACACGUUCAAUAUGUCUGAUCGCACUUGGUUUACCUUAUAUCGUUUAUUCGCUCUAUGCACUUAAUAGCACCAUUCGUAAAGAUGAUGAAUUAAGUUUAGCAAUCAGUCAGCUGUUCGAAGUAGUGACUCUAUCGUUAUUCUACACAAAUUAUUCAAUUAACUUUUAUGUGUUUCUUUUCAUCUCCGCACAGUUUCGUCGACAAGUGAAAUACUAUUUUUUCAAAAGAUGGUUCCGGUUGGCCACGCAAGUACCUCAUCGAUGUCGAAAUAAAAUUGCACCACAAGUGAUCGCUGUUAUUGAUCUCGAUUGA